GUGUGUACAGCUCCCACGCUCCCACGCUCCCACUCUCCUUGUCGCGUUCCCCAUGCCUGUCCAGGUGCCACACAGAUGAUCGGGCGCCGACUUCGUCUCGGUGUUGGUGCCCGCUACCUCACCACGGCAGCCGUCCGGCGUGGGGACCUCGCCGGCGCCGCGGAGGCCUUCGCGUCCGCGCCCCGCAAGACCACGGCCGACUACAACCGCCUCCUCGCGGGCUACGCGAGGUCGCCCGGCGCCCGCCUCGCGGACGCGCGCCACCUGUUCGGCCGAAUCCCGCACCCUGACGUCGUCUCCUACAACACGCUCCUCUCCUGCCACUUCGCCGGCGGAGACGUCCGCGGCGCCCGGGAGCUCUUCUCCGCGAUGCCGGACAGGGACGUCGCGUCCUGGAACACCAUGGUGUCCGGGCUGUCCAGGAACGGGGCCGUGGGGGAGGCCAGGGCCUUGUUCCUGGCCAUGCCCGCGAGGAACUCCGUCUCCUGGAACGCCAUGGUUUCCGGGUUUGCCUCCGCUGGAGACAUGGGCAUGGCCGAGGAGUGCUUUAGGGACGCGCCCGACAAGGAGGACGCCGUUCUUUGGACAGCCAUGGUGUCAGGGUACAUGGAUGCUGGCGAUGUGGACAAGGCAACGGAGUUGUUCCAGGAAAUGCCGGUGAGGAACUUGGUCUCAUGGAACGCCAUGGUUGCGGGCUAUGUCAAAAAUUCACGCGCGGAUGAUGCUUUGAUGGUGUUCAAGACGAUAGUCAGGGAUGCUGAUGUUCGGCCAAACGAGUCGACAUUAAGUAGCGUGCUCCUUGGAUGCAGCAACCUGUCUGCGCUGGGAUUUGGGAGGCAGGUACAUCAGUGGUGCAUCAAGCUGCCGCUGAGUCGGAGAAUAACUGUUGGUACGUCGCUCGUGAGCAUGUACUGCAAGUGCGGCGACUUGGAGGGCGCGUGCAAGCUGUUCAGUGAGAUGCGUACAAGGGAUGUGGUUGCAUGGAAUGCUAUGAUUUCAGGCUAUGCACAGCAUGGCCACGGGCAGGAAGCUAUCAACUUGUUUGAAAAGAUGAAGGCUCAAGGUGUUAAGCCUAACUGGAUUACUUUUGUGGCAGUAUUGACUGCUUGUAUCCACACUGGAUUUUGCGAUUUUGGAAUACAGUGUUUUGAGACAAUGCAGGAAAUCUACGGAGUCGAGCCCCGGGCUGAUCAUUACUCUUGCAUGGUGGAUCUUCUGUGCCGAGCUGGUUUGCUUGAAAGAGCUGUGUGCUUGAUUCGCUCUAUGCCUUUUGAGCCACAUCCUUCUGCCUACGGCACUCUAUUGGCUGCUUGUAGAGUUUAUAAGAACUUGGAGUUUGCUGAGUUUGCUGCUGGAAAGCUGAUCCAACAGAACCCACACAACGCAGGCGCCUAUGUACAGUUGGCAAAUAUUUAUGCUGCAGCAAAUCAGUGGGCCGAGGUCUCCAGAGUAAGGAGGUGGAUGAAGGAUAAUGCAGUUGUCAAAACACCUGGGUAUAGCUGGGUUGAGAUAAAGGGUGUGGUUCAUGAGUUCAGAUCAAAUGACAGAUUACAUCCUCAGCUUCAUUUGAUUCAUGAAAGAUUGGACUGGUUGGAAGAGCGGAUGAAGGCAAUGGGUUAUGCUCCAGAUCUUGAUUUUGUACUGCAUGAUGUAGACGAAAGUCUUAAGGUGCAGAUGCUAAUGAGGCACAGUGAGAAGCUCGCUAUUGCUUUUGGCCUCAUUAGUACUGCACCUGGGUUAACCUUGAGGAUAUUCAAGAAUCUCAGGGUCUGUGGAGAUUGCCAUAAUGCUGCGAAGCUCAUCUCCAAGAUCGAGGAUCGAGAAAUCAUCCUGAGGGAUACAACACGUUUCCAUCACUUUAAAGGUGGGCAUUGUUCAUGUGGGGAUUACUGGUGAAGAAAGACAGUAACAAGCUGUCGCACAAGUUGUUAUUUAUUUGGGCAGGCUUGAGCCCAUCCAAGCCCGACCCUCAGAUUCAGGUUAACCUUGAGGAUUUUUAAGAAUACAAGGGUUUGUGAAGAUUUCCAUGCCGGGUCCAGUUAUAGCACCGUCAUGGGCUCAGGUUGCAAGAGUGCAUCGCCACGAUGCCAAGUUUUCUCACCAUGAUGUGCGUCGCCAACCUCGCCGAAUCAUCCUUCUACCAUCAGGAACAACUGAAGCCAAGGCACGAACCACCAGCGGAUCCGACGACCUCAAAGCACACCACUUACAUCUGCGGCCACCACGAGGCCCACCGCCACCAGAUCGGAGGCGGACACCCCCAAGGCAUGUUCAGACUCCAGAGACGAAGUCAAGCUAAAGUUGUUAAUUGUUAAGUGCCCAAUGAUUGCUGGUUCAGAUAAGAAGCAUUGGGAGGAUAAGCAUUAUACAUACUGCAGGCUUGGGGCGGGCUAUGCAAAUAUCCUGGUCAUGUUUUUCUCCUCGCAUGAGCUUUUAUGCCACCGCUAUUCCGGUCUGCUCGGUGAAAGCAUGGUGUCGUUAGUUUUCAGCUAAAUUACACAAUGAAAUGGAAUCAGAUGUUGAUAGAUGUCUUGUACCGAUGCAACAGUUAUACUGCUAUAUGUUCUACCUACAGAAGUCAAAUUUGACAGAGUUAAUCCUUAGAAACCCCAUCUUAUUAUCAUGGGCACAUAUUAAUUGAACGAUGGUGUUCAAACAAUAAAAAAACUAAUAACUAUUUCUUGCCCAGGUGGUAUACACAAUGUCCAGAUAUUUUGCCUUGCCAUCACAUUGUACAUUUCCGUACACUUUUGUACAUAAUCAAGCUAAAGUCAUAUGGAACAAAGUGGAGUGAGUGUGCCAAGGAGUGGCCAAGCUGAACAGAGGGUGUAGCAGGAUGCAACAAGCACUCUAGGUGCUCUUCCAGCUGAGAUGCUGCCGCUCAUUUGGAAGCUUUGGCAGAAAAGGAACAUUUCGGGCAAUGAGGAGCUGCAAAAUGGGAGAUGGAUGAUUGGGUUGCUUCGCAUGAACACGGAAGACGAGAUCCAUCAGAUCCUGGGGCUAUGGGAGUAGCUUCAGUAUGCAAGACUCUGAGGACACCUUCUCCUGGAAGCUGACAAGCAAUGGAGUUUACUCUGACAAGGCUGCUUACGACGCCCAGUUCAUUGGCUGAAUUAAGCAAUCGGAACUGAGCUGGGCGUGGAGGAAAAGAGUGGAAGGAAAGAUCAAGUUUUUCAUUUGGCUUCUGCUCCAAAACAUAAACUGUACCACGGAUAGGCUCCUGCUUCGCUGCUCCUUCUCUAAGCAGACUUGACAAUUAUUCUCUGGAACAAACCCUGAGUGACGCUGGGCACUCCUUUCUUUCUCUGUUUUCUUCUUCCUUUCUUUUAUUUUCUUUGCUCCGCUCCCUCCCAGAGCGUCUGUAAGCUGCUUGCAGCUAGUGUGCAGUUUUCCCCCAUAUGAAAUGCAAUGGCAGAGCUCCUGCUGACUUCGGUAAAAAAAAGUUGAUGUGUCGU